GAAAACAUGUAUAAAACGCCACGCAUUCCGUGAGAAGAGCAUCAGUCUUCCAAUAGCGUUUUUUGCCAGUCAGUGCUUCAGCGUUCUGAGUGAUUCAAGAUGUUCAAGAUCAUCGUUUUGCUGGCAUGUUUGGCUGUUGCUGCUUCCGCCCAGUACUACGGAGGGGAGCACCAUGGCCAUCACACUUUGGAGCACAAGGAGUACCACGACCAUCCGAAGUACAAGUACGAGUACGGUGUUAAGGAUGGACACACGGGAGACCACAAAAGCCAAUGGGAACACCGAGAUGGGGAUGUGGUCGAGGGGGGUUACACCCUGGACGAAGCCGACGGUACCCACCGCGAGGUUGAAUACAAAUCCGAUCACCACAAUGGCUUCCAGGCUCAUGUCAAGCGCGUUGGGCACGCCCACCACCCACAUGGCGAGAGCUACUCCAACGUUGACCAGCACCACUGAAGUGGAUCGACGGAUGCUGGGGUCUAGAAGGAAUUCCCUCAGGUUCCUUUUGCCACGUUUUAUACCUUGCUGUUAGAGUUUGAUCCCACCUCAUCGACUGACUGAUUAGGAGAUAAAUAUAUUGAAGUCACAAAUUCUAA